AUGUCAGCUUUCCUGCUCCUAAGAUGCUGCUUGGCCUGCUGUGUCCAUCCAGCUCUACAACUUAUCUUGGAUUCUCCAGCAGCUGCAGUUCCUGUUCUGUGAUACAAUAUCAAUUCUUUGUCAGCCUUUGCUUCAACCCUACAUCAGGUUUCAAGGUAUUUGAAAUGACCUGUGUUUGGAUAACAGUGUUUUGUAUUGCAGGCCUAAAAGUACCUAUUUGUGUAUGAUCAGCACUCUCCUGUGGCAAUCAUACAAAUUUCAUGUUACUACAAAACAAAGUUUAACAUCAUAAAGUAGGAGUAGUCCAAUUUACCUUUUAUUCGUUCAGAUCUUGGCUGAUUUGUACCUUGAUUCCACUUCCCUGUAUUUGCUUUUCCAUUAUACCUUGAUUCAUUAAUACACCAAAAAUCUAUCAGUCUUAGUUCUGAAAAGUUCAGCUUUAGAACUUAUAGAAUAAAGUUUAAAUUUCUGUACCUGUAUGCCUUAUUUAUACUAUGAUAUACUGGAGUUAUCUGACUUAUCUUUGCAUGGGAGAAUUUUCGGUAUUGCUCAGAUACCAAUUACUUUCUUUAGAACUUGAUGCGGAGAUGCCAGUGGUGAAACUGGGUGACCAAAAUUCAGAAAUCAACCACACCAGAUUAUGGUCCAGCAGAUUUCACCAGGCUUCACCUCACAAAGGAUUCUAAUAAAUUGUGAUUCCAAAUAAAUUUGAUAGACUAUAACCUGGCAUUGUGUGACUUCUGACAUUUUCUUUAGAACUAGCAUUAUAUUAUAAAUAAAUAGUCUACAAGGGCCUUGUUUCUAACAACUGAGCUGUAAUAGUAAUUGCUACUCUUCAGGCAUAUAGAUCCUGGUCUAAGAUAUGAAAAUUAUUAAAAUCCUCACUUUUUUAAAUUACAAAAAUAUACUCUAUUCAUUAAAAAACGUUUUAUUUAAAUACAGUCAGAUAAAACAUCAGCUGCCUUUUCGAAUACCCUAGUGGAUGCUGCCUGGACGGCAAAUCUUUGGUUUUUAUUUUAUACCAUACUACAUUUUUGAAUUGAAAUGACUUUUACUACAGUUGUCAUGGAGUGACACAUGGUCUUCUGACAGACUAUUCAUAAUUGGGUUCCUAUUCACUAGGAGAAGCACCUAAAUGGCAAUUUACAACACAGUUGCUUACAAAUUAAUUAAAUUUGGUUUUCCAUACUGGCAGUUCAUUGGUCAGGAAUAUAUGAUUUGUUUCUAGUACGUCAUCUGGCUGCUGUUUAAAAAUGUAUUACUCUUGUAAUUUUGAUAACUGAGCUCAGGUGAGAUGUUGUGGCUCAGGGCUCCUUUUGGUGUACUUUUGUCCAUGUAAACAUUUCAAAUAUUAGCUUGAAUUUGAGUAGCAAAGGACUGUUUGACUUUUUGGGGCAUGCAGCCAAGCCCAAUUUGACUACAUCUACUGUGUUUAACAAAACAUUUCCCUUCAGUUGGGCAAUCGCAGAGUAGUGAAAUAACAAGUAUCUUUCAUGUUCUAAUGUGAAGUAAUGCAAUAAACUGUGUGGUGAGAAAAGAAACAAGCUAAAGUGACUUGGACCAAAAAACAGAUUUUCUUUGUAAAUUAAGUUAUGGGAUUUUUAAAGUUAUAACAUUAUUAUUAAGUUCUCAAUUCCCAUGCACAAGAGUAUCUAAACUACAGCCGUGGAUUUGCCCAGUCUGUACCAAGAUAAUUUGUAUGUUCUUUUUGAAACUGUUGUAUAAUGUUUGAACUUUGUACAUUGGAAGGAGUUAGCCUUAAUACUGUUGUCUUGUUACGUACCCUAUCUUAUGAAGGUUGGUCUACAUAAUUUUCUUAAUGCUGCAUGGAAGAGGUUGAUCUUCAAGUGGGAGCUCAAACAGUAAACAUGCUAAUCACUUUGAAGACUGCAAAAUCAAAUCAGCCCUGCUGUUGUGUCUGAGGAAGGGUCACCGGACCUGAAAUGUUAACUCGGUUUUCCCCUUCACAGAUGCUGCCAGACCUGCUGAGCUUUUCCAGCAACUUUGUUUUUGUUCUGCUGUUGUGUCACUUUAUUCAACUGAUUUAUACUUCAAUUCGUGCAGUUUCUAGCAGGUGAAUAUACUUGGGAGUCCUGACUGAUUUUUGUUCCUUCAAAGUGCCAAAGGCACUGAAUUUGGCUCAUUCCCACACUCUUAAAUAAAGCCAUGUAGUUCAAUCUCAAUCUUUUUUCUGAAUUUAAGUUUUAUUUUUAAACAAAGUUGACAGUUAUACCAGUGGGUAGAAUUCAAUAAUCAAAACACUGUUAAAAUUGCUAGGAAUGUUUUCAGCCCAACUGCCUGAGUGUUUUUGCAGGCAUUCGUAAAAUGCUUGUGUUUUUUUUGUAUCGUUGACCUCCAGUAUGGGACGACAAGCUGUUCGCCAUCUGCCUUUUAGAUAACUUGCACAAAGUACAGUCAAUUAAUUUCUGCUAACUAAUGUGUAACUCAUUCAUAUCUUUCUCUGAACAAUUGCCCUUUGUAAAAUGUUAUCAUCUCAAGGACACAAAGUAUAUAGCAAGUUCUGGUGGAAUUCUUCUGGCCCUCCUCUCGCCUAUGCCCUCAGUCUCUCUUCCCCCAACCUGUACACACUACUGUUGUACAUGUACACACACACAGUCUGCAGAAGGAUUCUUGAGGCUCCGUUCUAAUCUUGGGAUUGACAUCACUGUUACCGACAGUUUAUGAAGUUCACCUAUAAACUAUCUAUUGCUGGGUUUUCUUUGACUGGUAUUGUAAUCGUUAAACCAUUGUCCAUCCCCAGUUGUGCUGAAUCUGCUGAUUCACUUUCUGUAACUGAGUCAGCCAUGUUAGUAUGGAACUGGAUACACAUAGGACAGACUAGGACCAUGUGGAUAAUUGAGAACAGUUUGAUUGAUCCUGAAGGAUAAGCUGUUGAGACAAAUGGAUACUGAAGCACAAAACAGACCAAAGGACCUUGUCUUACCCAGUUCGACACAAGAAUUGACGGGACCUGCAAAAUAUUAUCUCUGUGGCUUCUUUGCAGCUUUCAAUAACAUUGCUAUCACCUUCCCCAUUCAGAAAGUACUGUUUCGACAACAGCUGUAUGGACUAACAACAGUGAAUGCUAUCCGGCAGCUAAAGCAGGAUGGCUUUCGCAAUCUCUAUCGAGGAAUUCUGCCACCACUCCUGCAAAAGACUACAACUGUGGCAUUGAUGUUUGGCUUGUAUGAAGACUUCUCCUGUCUCUUGAAGAGAACAACUAAUGCUCCAGAACUGUUCAAUCAGAGUGUGUCUGCAGUAUUGGCAGGGACUGCAGAAGCUGUUCUGACACCGUUUGAGAGAGUACAGGCUUUGCUGCAGGAUCGCAGACAUCAUAACCGAUUGAAAAAUACCUUCCAUGCCUUCAAGGUUUUGAGAGCCUAUGGUAUUAAAGAAUAUUACAGAGGCCUUGUACCAAUACUUCUCCGUAAUGGACCCAGUAAUGCGUUGUUCUUUGCUUUGCGAGGGCCUGUCAAGCAGUCCCUGCCCGAAGCCACUACUUACAGUAUGAAUGUUCUCAAUGACUUCAUCUGUGGGGGAUUUCUGGGGUCACUGCUCGGCAUAAUAUUUUAUCCAAUCAAUGUGGUGAAAGCACGUAUGCAGUCACAGGUUGGAGGGGAAUUUCAGACUUUUGCAAAAGUCUUCAUGAAAAUCUGGACUGAAAGGGAUGGCAAAGUGUCCCAUCUAAUGAGAGGUGUGUACCUCAAUUAUCACCGGUCAAUUUUAUCAUGGGGCAUAAUAAAUGCAACCUAUGAGAUUUUGCUUAAGGUUCUCUGAGAGAACUUUUCGGUAUCCAUUGCUUAACCUGAGUAACAUUUUCAGCUCUGUACUUUAGUGUUUAACAUUUUCUCUCAAACCAACUGUUGUAUAGAAUUUCUUUUCAAUUCCAUCGUUGAAUGUACUUUGAAGCAACUUAUUCCUACGGGUGCGGAGGAAUACAGAGUCCAACUUCAAGUAAAUGAGACCAGAUGCCUAUUUGCAAAAUACUUUGAAUAAUUCUUGAAAUUAUUGGGUUUUUGUUUCAUAUUGGCACAAGAGUAAGGGUCACAAGCCAAGUUGAGUGACAAUGGCAAGUGUUUCAAAGUAACAAUUCCACCCACCUACCUCAAAGAGGAUGUAUCAUAGCCCUUCUGAUUUUUUUUCCUCCUAUGCUUUGUUGUUCUCUCUCUUUUUUCAGAACGUUUAACCCUCUUUUAUGACUGAAAACUUUUAGAGUCCUGAAAGAGCCUGGGUUAUUUUUAAUUGAAAUUGUUUUCAUUAUUUCAGAAAUGGUAUGAUGACUACCUGUUCUUUCUUCACUGUUAAGUUGUCUUAACUUUAACUUGCCUUUAAGGUGGUUUAUAUACAGUGCAUUACUGAAUAUUUGGCUAACAUUGCAUACACCAUACACCAUACAUCAUGUUUUGGUCACCAUGUGGUAAUUUGGAUCACGUCUGUGUGUGUUUGCCCGGUUUCGAGCAGGUGGCUCAGUGCUGUGUUAUCUGCCCUGUUUAUCACUCACUGAAAUGCACAGUCCAGUAUUCUGGUCAAAUUUGUUUUCAAGUGGCCUUUAACUUUUAAUUUCUCUGAUACAUUGGUAGAAGAUAUUGCAAAAAAUGUCAAAAAUAUGAAUUCUAGUGCAAGGUUCAGUGAGCUCUUAAUUUUUCAAAGCAGUCUAGCAUAAUGUAAAUGUGCUUUAGAAGUUGAGUCCACGCACUGAACUUCUUGUCUGUGUGUGUGUGUGAUAUAUAUAUAUAUAUUACAUUUUUAUCUUGAAUACAUAAUCAACUUUUGCAUCUUUGAAAAUUAUAUUAAAAUGAAUAUGUGUACUGGAUGGUGAUGGUCAGAUCUUAAACUCUCUUAUUUUCCUCUCACUUCAAAUUUGUUUCAUUUGAAAGAACAUCAAAACUUUUGUAAAACCUGGUCUUCUUGUCUUCACAUAUCAUGUCUGAGAUGAACUCAGUGGUGGAGAUGCCCUCCCAGAAGCUCUCACCUGCAGCCCCCUUCAAAUCUACCCAGGAAUUGCUGAUUUCAGUGCUUCCAUUUCCAUGGUUCAAACUGCGUUAGCUUAUUAUUAUCAAACAAGUACAGUGUGUAAGAUCACAUGUUAAGACGUCAAAGGAUAUCCUCCUCAGCCACUCCCUUGCUGAACCUCAUCAGUUAGCAGGAAAAUAAUUGGGAACCUUACACACUUCUGAGUUUCAAAACAGAAAGCAAACUGUGGCACUAUUGGGUAAGUUGAGAUGUCACACCAUUUUGCUCUUUUAACCACUAGGGAGCAGUCAGUAUAUUUUGAGCUCAAGAUACGAGUAAUUCCAACAAUUCUCCAGUUGCAUUGCUUGCCUUACCCUAUGUGUAAGGUACCGUUCAUUUUGCCUAGUGCAUGAUAAAUUGGCAAAUCACAGUGAUUAAAUGAACAGUAUCAUAUCGAUGCAUGAUACAUAUCUUCAUACACCAAAGUGAGAGUGAUCAGUUGUGAAGAACCUUUUGAAGGUGAUGCAGAAAUGUAAUAAGGCAGAUAGUUCCACCAGUAAUUUAAAUGUCUCAAUCUGGGGCUCAUUCCAAAACUAAGUGAUGAGAGGAAGUGAGUGAAUAAUCCUUUUUCUGAAUUGAAAAUGGUGAAAACCGCAACAUCUGAUUGUUUCUUCUGUCAUGGUAUGUGGACAUCAUUGACAAGGCCAGGAUUUGUUGUCCAUUGCAGGGACAGUUGCUGAAUCAGGAGUCACGCAGACAUUCCUGGUAAGGGCUACAGUUUUCCUCAAGGACGAUGAUAAACCAUAUGGAUUUUCAUGACAACCAAUGUAGUUUCAUUGCACCAUUAUCAAGACUAGAUUUGUAUUCUGGUUCUACUAAUUGAAUUCAAAGUCUGCCAGAUACUGUGGCAGGACUUGAACCCAGGUCCCCAGGACAGUAGUCUAGUUGUAGACGAUUAAUCCAGUGAUACAUAUCUUUAUACACCAAAGAUAUUUUACCACAAUAUCAUCAUCUGCCCCAGGGUGAAGGCAUGGAAGUAUUUAAUGGUAUGAAAACCUACUUAGAAUGGAUUCAUGGACUGGAGGAGCAACUGUGGAUGCAAACCUACAAUAAAACACUUUAAAGUUCGUGGGCCUUUAAAUGGGUAUGGUGUAAAUAAACAUCAUUAAAAAAAUGAUAGGCCGGGCAUGUCUUCAGUUUUAAGAAUUUCUAGUUACUGUGAUAUUUUUCAGCAGCUCCAUGCUGCAAGAAGUUGUUUAAAAAAAAAGUUGAGGUAUACCAGGUAAUGGUGAACAUGUAAUGGAAUUAAACAUCUGAAUAUCGAUUUCCAAGCACUUGAAACUUGAACUCCUUACUUUUUUCUGCUUGUGUAAAUGAGUUUGAGUAGAAGCUGAGCAUUGAAUCUCAAUGUCCAACCAAUGAGGUUGAUGAAUGGCGAAAAUAUGUUAAAUCUCUGAAUGUUUUGUUUAGUACUGCAGCAACAAAAUGUGAGUAGGAAUGCUUAUUGGAGCACAUUAAGAGUGGAGGAUAAAUUCCCCCAGAGAAGCAAACAGUCCCUAUGCAAGAGGAAAGAUUUGAAAAAUUAAAAUAAAUUUUCAUUCCUUCUCCUAACCUCCAUCAAGUGCAGCUGUUGAGCUAAAUAAAGGCAGGUAAUUGUGGGCUUUUAAACGUGUGAUCUAAGGAAAUUUACAUCAAGAAGUCAUCUGAAUUCCACUGGAUUGAGUUAACAGAAAAUAUUGAGCGAUUAUCUGCAGCAUAAAUGUAGAGGUUUUAAGAGGGAUCUGAAUACCUGUGAAUGUGACUUUGAAAGGCAUUGUGACAACUUGUUUCAAAGUGCCAAUGCCUAGGUUGGGGACAGAAUUGUUUCAACAGAUCUUCAAGAGCAGAGUCUUGUACAUCACAAGAGCAAAACACAGUGAAAAAUCAUAACUGGUGAUCAGGGAUAGGGAACUACCUCUUUUUUAAAGGAGAUGGAAAUUUCAGAGUCUUCAGCAUUUUUUUUUGUAACUUUUGGAAGGACUGUCAUGAAGACAGCAGAAUAAGAAAAAUAUAACUUGUAUUUAUUUAGCAUCUUUCAUGGCCUCUAGACAUUCCAGAAGCAGCAUAAAAUUUGAUACAAUGAAGCAAAUGUUUUCAAACAUGCAAAGGAAGUUGGUGGACUUUAUACAGACAGAUUACCAUAUUGACACAAUUUAAAAUGAACAGGCAAUUAGAAUUCAGAAGUCAAUUAAAAUUCCCAACUAGUCUAAUUAUGUAGACUACUGAAGUAUAUUCUGGAUGUUGGUUUAAAAAUAUCACAAAGGAGCAUGGGUAAUCUAAUAUGUGUAUAGGGUCAGUUACUUGUUAACAAAAGAGAUAGGCUUGAAUCUUUUGAAUUCUAUAUUCCACUGCUACUGAAGGGACAUCACUUUUUUACCUGGUUGCGGUGAAUACACGUAAGUGUUUUCUUUAUGUAAGUGUAAUAUAUGUGUCACUAAGUCCAGAAACAAAGGGAAUAAGGCAACAAAUAGCUAAGGUUUAGAACACAAGUCAGCAAAUUUGCAGUACCAUUGACAGCUAAUACAUUAGGAAGGCUCAUAGUAAGUGCUCUAUCAGGGUGAUUUACAGGUCUUUGAGGAAAGCUGAGUGUCCAAGUAGACAUGCAAAUGCUGGCAUGUUGUGAAGACUGAAGAGACGAGUGUUCAAGAAGCCUGCAAGAAUUUGCUUUAAAAUAUGAGAAAAUAAUUUAAAUAUUCACAAACAUUAACACUUCUACAAGUGGAACCAAGAAUACAGGAAAAAGGAGUUGGGCAACACUGAGAUUUAUCAAAUGACAAUCCUGUGCCCAGUGCUUGUGUAUCUAACAAUCAAACAGAGAUGCUCACAGUCAGUCAUUACUGCAUGAAAUACCCAUUGAUGGACUACUGUUGGUACGUAUCAGGAUUAUUGAAAAUUUUAUUAAUAAGUAAAUGUAGAUUUUCUGAUUGUGGCUUGUUGGUUGGCCUAUAAGGAACUCGUCAAUAUUCACAUUCAAUCUGUUUGGAGCGGGAUACUGCACUAUUCUGUAUUUAUUUGUAAUU